AUCGAAUUUGCAGCGGGACGGAGGUGAACAUAUCACUGACAUUUUAAUGAGUCAUAUUUUCGGUGUUACGAACUAUGUUGUUUAUGCGGAUAUCUACUUAAAGCUGCGUUAAUUUAAAAGAUUUAAUAUAUUUAGUAUAAUAUUAUUGAAAUCGGUUAACUCAAUUAAAUACAAUGGCUGCAACCCGAAGACUACAAAAGGAACUAAAUGAUAUAAGACAGUCAGGACUGAAAUCAUUUAGAGACAUCCAAGUUGAUGAGUCAAAUAUCCUAACAUGGCAGGGAUUAAUUGUUCCAGACAACCCUCCCUACAACAAAGGUGCAUUUCGUAUUGAAAUUAACUUUCCUGCUGAAUAUCCAUUCAAACCUCCUAAAAUAAGUUUUAAGACAAAAAUCUAUCACCCAAAUAUUGAUGAGAAAGGCCAGGUUUGUCUUCCCAUUAUCAGUGCUGAGAAUUGGAAGCCUGCCACAAAGACUGAUCAAGUAAUUCAAGCUCUAGUUGCUCUUGUUAAUGACCCUGAGCCCGAACAUCCCCUGCGUGCUGAGCUUGCUGAGGAAUUUCUCAAAGAUAGAAAAAAGUUUACAAAGAAUGCAGAAGAAUUUACUAAAAAGCAUAGUGAAAAGCGGCCUACUGAUUAAAUGUCAUUUCAUUGAAUUUACAGCACUUAUACAUCUAAUAUAACUGGAGUACUUGUUAUGGUGUCUUCUAUUGCUGAGUUUGGCUAUUUGUGACAAUACAUGCAUUUUACCAUACCAUUUUAUUACAUGAUUAAUAAAUGUCAAUAAUAGAAUAAGGGCUGCUUUUUAUCAAUCAAUCAAUUAUAUAUAAGAUGGAUGUUGAUUUCAGUACCAAAUUAAAAAAUAUAACAAUCACUGUUUUCUUCCAAUACAAGUUCUCUAAUUAAAUUAGAAAAAUAAUAAUAAUAAGAAUGCUGUAAUUUCAAAAUAUGUUAUGCUACAAGAUAUACUUUUAAGAUCGACACACAUUGCUUGCAAAAUUUAAGCACCAAUAAUAUGAACAAAGAAUUUUUUGCCAAUUACUGUCUAUAGAUAUGCUUAUCAGAAUUAUUGGACAGAAUUCUAAUUUAUAAGAUUCAAUUAAAAUGAAAAACAUUUUAGUUUUAUUUGCUUGAUAUUUAUUUAAUUUUUAUUUACCUGUUUAAAAAACAAAAAAAUUGGCUAAACUUUAAAUUAGAAAAUAUAUGAUCAUAGUGACACUUGAAGGUUUAGUUAUUUCUAAAUUAUGUAGUAUCUAAAUUUAAUGUCCCUCAUUCCUAUUUAUUUCAUUUGAUAUUGAACAUCUAAGAUGUUUUUAUAUUGUUCAAUGUGUAAUAUUUCUAUAAAUUAAUAAAUAAGUGAAAGUUAAAAAGCCAAUAAAAAUAAUCAUACAGCUUGAACUUUAGUUAUUUUUUUUUUUGACAAAAAAACUUGAGUUCAUUCAUUAACAUUUUCCAGUCAUUGACCUUGUCUAUAUUUUUACUGUUCCAGGUAUAUAAUUAGAAUGUUUCUUUUAAAAAAGCAUUUAAAAACUGUAUUAUAGAUUAUUUUAUUAUGCAAAUGGUCUUUGAAGUGCGUUUAAUAUUGUUUGUUAGUGUUUUACUAGUGUGCACUUGUUGAAAUGGUCAUAUGAUUUAUAUAUCAAUUUUCAAUAAGGUUUAUUUUAACAACUUUAAGAUUGUUAUUUAAUAUAACAUGCAAAUGGGUUAUCUAUAUUUCUUUCCAGAUUACAAUUUUUCUCAUUCAAAUCUAUGUAUCAGUUAUAGGUUGCUGAGUAUUCAGUAAGAGAAUUUUAAAUAUAUAUAUUUUUUCAUUUAUCA